CUAAAAUGUGUUAAUCCUGGUCAUUCUUUUAGUCCUCCUCCCAAACAAGCACGUAGGAGAGAGAGACUAUGACAUGAGCAACCUUCCAAGUUUAACUGAGAGGCAAGGCUUAAGUGAGUUAUCAUUAAUCCAUUUUCUGCGAUUUUCUCGAGAAAAGUGCGUCCAUUUCCAAUUCCAAAUGUACGUCACUCGCUUGGCCAUCUUUCAUAGUAGUAGUAAUUUUUGCACCAUUCCCACCAUCAUUUUCUGUUGCUCUUCUUUUUGGCACACACACUCCUGAGAGGAGAGUUCAGUUUCGGUUCUAUUAAUUGUGAUGAUGGAUUCUGUUCUCCCCGAUACUUCCACUAAUGCCAUUGCCUCUUCUACACCCACUUCACACCCUCAUUCCCAACCCUCACUCCCACAAACCCUCUUAGUCCCCAAACCCGAACCCUUCUGGGAUACCCACAUCGAAACCUCCGACGAACUCGACCUCUACUCCGAGUUCAAUCGCGUCACUGAGCUCUUUCACUUCGCCUUCGGAGCCACCAACGUUGUCGACCCUUUCGGAGCCACCAAUGUUGCAUGCCCCGAACAGACUCCGCUGGUUCCUGUUCCUCAGGAGCUCGAUUCAGCGGCCCAGCCCGACCCGAAUUCGCCCUCCGAGGACGUCUUGCGAGCGAUCGUUCCGGUACCGCCGGAGCAGCAGGACGGCGCGGUGGCCACCGCCACCGUGCCGAGGCGGAAGCAGAGCCGGCAGAAGGAGCUGGUGAGAGUGAUGGAUCUGUCUCCGAGGGACGAGGCUCAUUUGCGCGAGACCGUGAGGAGGACAAGGCUCAUAUACGACUCGCUGCGAGUGUUGACCUCCGUGGAGGAGGAGAAGCGAGUCGCCUCAGUGGCAGCGGCGGCGGUGGCAGCAGCAGCAGCAGUGACAACACUAGAGGGCUGUCUGCCGGUGGAUGGCUCCACCGGCAAGUUGCGGCGUCUCCGGGGAGACCUGCGGGCUGCCAGCCUGAUGAGAGAGCGUGGACUGUGGCUGAACCGUGACAAGAGGAUCGUCGGGGCGAUCCCCGGAAUUAUGGUUGGGGAUUUGUUCCUUUUUCGGAUGGAGUUGUGUGUGGUUGGAUUGCACGGUCAGAUACAGGCUGGAAUAGAUUUUCUUCCUGCAAGCAUGAGUUCCACUGGAGAACCUAUUGCUACCAGUGUCAUUGUUUCUGGUGGCUAUGAGGAUGACAUGGAUGAUGGUGAGGUUAUAGUUUACACUGGCCAUGGAGGGCAGGAGAAGAAUUCCUCCAGGCAGAUCUCUCAUCAGAAGUUGGAGUCAGGGAACCUUGCAUUGGAGAGGAGUAUGCAUUAUGGUGUUGAGGUAAGGGUUAUCCGUGGGAUGAAGUAUGAGGGGAGUGCUGCUGGGUCUGGUAAGGUGUAUGUGUAUGAUGGGGUGUAUAGGAUUGUUGAUUGCUGGUUUGAUGUGGGGAGGUCGGGUUUUGGGGUUUAUAAGUUUAAGCUUUGGAGGAUUGAGGGGCAGGCUAAGAUGGGUAGUGCUAUUUUGAAGGAAGCUAGGAAUGUUAGGAGGAGUGAGCUGGAUUUGAAUCCCACAUCUGCUGAUAUGGCUAACAGGAAGGAGAAUGUUGCAGUUCGGCUUUUUAAUGACUUUGAUGAUGAUCGGGGUCCUCUUUGCUAUGAAUAUCUUGUGAGGACUUGUUUUCCGAAGUUUGUGUUUCAUCAGAGUGGGAAAGCUACUGGCUGUGACUGUGUGGAUGGUUGUGGUGAUGGAUGCUUUUGUGCUAUGAAAAAUGGGGGUGAGUUUCCUUACACUCUGCAGGGGCAUCUUGUGAGAGGGAAGCCUUUGAUUUUUGAAUGUGGCCCAUUUUGCUCCUGUCCUCCUCAUUGUCGCAAUCGUGUUGCGCAGAAGGGGCUGAAAUAUAGGUUGGAAGUGUUUAGGUCUAAGCAGACAUCUUGGGGAGUAAGGUCCUUGGACCUUAUUCAAGCUGGUUCUUUUAUCUGUGAGUUUGCAGGGGUUGUUUUGACCAGGGAGCAAGCUCAACUCUUAACAAUGAAUGGUGAUUCAUUGAUAUAUCCUAAUCGGUUUUCGGAAAGGUGGGCAGAAUGGGGGGAUUUGUCUCAGAUAUACCCGGAUUAUGUGCGUCCAUUGUAUCCGUCAAUUCCUCCUCUAGAUUUUUCUCUGGAUGUGUCAACAAUGAGGAAUGUUGCUUGCUAUAUGAGCCAUAGUUCAACUCCAAAUGUCUUGGUUCAGUUUGUUCUGCAUGAUCACAACAAUUUGAUGUUCCCACACCUUAUGCUAUUUGCCAUGGAAAACAUCCCUCCCAUGAGAGAGCUCAGCCUUGAUUAUGGUGUAGCUGAUGAGUGGACAGGCAAACUCUCUAUAUGUAACUGAAUGGUCCAUGCACUUCUUGAGUUUUAGGCAUGGUUUUGUGAGACUUAAACCGUGAUUUCUGAAGGUUUCAACCUCACCAAAUUUCUUGGAACUGCGGAAGUGCUUACUAUAUGAACUUUUUUUGUCAAGGUAGUGAAAAUAGUGUAAUAGCUGUUGUAUUUUCCUGCUUUUGUCUAACUCUUUUAGGCAAAGUGCAUAGCAUUUUGAUCUGUGGCGAUGAAGAUCAGGAAGUGGAGUUCUACAAGUGCUUAAUCUUGAACACUUCUGUAAUUGUUCUCUAAUUUGCUGAUGUUGGGCUCUUUUUUUGGCAAAGUAUCUCACCACCUUUUCUCUAAGCAAGUAGCUCGGAUUUAUUAAAUUUUCUGUUGUCAUUGUAUAUAAUAUAGAAUUCAAGUCAAAAGCUUGUACAGGGAUUAUGUUAGUGGCUAGCAACGAUGAAUAGAAUGUAGCUUUUUAGUUGGUUUACAAGCAAAUGAGUAGACAUAUUAUUAACCUGAGCUCAUGCUAUCCAAAUUUACCAAAGGCAUGUUUUUUGCCUACUGAAUUUGCUGAA